AUGAAAGUUUCCCUAUUUAUCAAUUUCAUUAUUCUUUCAUUUCUAUCUAGAUUAACAAGUUCAAUUAAAAUUGAAAAUGAACAAGAUCUUGAAGCCUCAUUCAACAGAAUAAAAAAGUCACUUGCCAUUCAUGACAUCUUUGAAGUUAAGCCAGAAAUUGCUCGCCGUGCGAAGCCAGGCAAAGGUGGCAAUGGCGAUGAGGAUGGAGAUAAAGAUUGUCCUCCAUGUUUCAACUGUAAUCUUCCAAAUUUUGAAUGUACUCAAUUUUCCCAGUGUAACACAUUCACAGGACAUUGUGAAUGUCAAGAUGGAUUUGGUGGCACUGAUUGUUCGGAACCAUUAUGUGGUUCCUUAGGUGAUGGCAACUCCAAAAGACCAAUAAGAAAGAAGAAAGAGUGUGUUUGUAAACCUGGUUGGACAGGUAUAAACUGUAAUUUGUGUGAAGCUGACCAUGUUUGUGACCAAUUCAUGCCCGAAGGGUUAAAGGGGACUUGUUAUAAGGAUGGUAUUAUAGUUAAAAAGUUGCACCAAAUGUGUGAUGUCACGAAUCCAAAGAUUCUUUCAAUUUUGAAAGGUCAGAUCCCUCAAGCUACCUUUUCGUGUAAUUCAACAUCUGGUAAUUGUAAUUUCCAAUUUUGGAUCGAUCAAAUUGAAUCAUUCUAUUGUGACUUGAAUAAGUGUAAAUUGGAUUAUGAUUUAGCCGGUAAUACAACUCACUAUAAUUGUGAAGAAGUUUCAUGUAAAUGUUUGCCCGAUAGAAUGCUUUGUGGUCAAGAAGGGUCCAUUGAUAUCUCGGAAUUUUUGACCGAAACUAUACGGGGUCCAGGUGACUUUGCAUGUGAUAUUGCUUCCAAGAAAUGUCGUUUUUCAGAACCAAGUAUGAAUGAUUUGAUUCAAAGUGUAUUUGGGGAUCCAUAUAUUACUUUGCAAUGUAAAGCAGGUGAAUGUGUACACAAGAGUGAAAUUCCAGGAUACACUUUACCAGAUAGCCCAAAAUUAACCCUUGGAAAUAUAUUCGUUAUUAUUGGAGUUUUAUUGGUUUGUAUUUUGGUGGUUGUUACACUUUUACGUAACAUCAGUGAAUCUGCCUUAUUCAAAAAACCAGGUUAUGAACCAUUAGAAUCGGAUCCUAGCGUAAUGAACCAAAAUUUUGAACCAACUACCUUGUCGUUUGAAAAUAUCAGUUAUGAAGUUGCUGAAGGACGUCAAGUUUUGAAUAAUGUUUUUGGAUUGGUGAAACCCAGAGAAUGUUUGGCUAUCAUGGGUGGCUCGGGUGCUGGUAAGACAACUCUUUUGGAUAUAUUAGCCGGUAAGAAUAAAGGUGGCAAAGUUGGUGGUUCUAUUUACGUUAAUGGCAAUGCUAUUGAUUCAGAAUACUAUAAAUCUAUUGUUGGUUUCGUUGACCAAGAAGAUUAUUUGAUUCCAACUUUGACGGUUUACGAAACGGUUUUAAAUAGUGCAUUGUUAAGACUUCCAAGAGAAAUGAGCUUAGCACAAAAACAAGCUAGAGUUAUUGAAGUUCUUAAUGAAUUGAGAAUAUUGAAUAUCAAAGAUAGAGUUGUUGGGUCGAAUUUCAAGAGAGGUAUUUCUGGUGGUGAAAAGAGAAGAGUUUCUAUUGCUUGUGAAUUGGUUACUUCUCCUUCUAUUUUGUUCUUGGAUGAACCAACUUCCGGUUUGGAUUCAUAUAAUGCUAGAAACGUGAUUGAAUGUUUAGUUAAGUUAUCUCGUGAUUAUGACAGAACAGUUAUUUUCACUAUCCACCAACCAAGAAGUAACAUUGUUUCAUUGUUUGAUAAAUUGAUUUUGCUUAGUGAAGGUGAUUUGAUUUAUUCCGGAGAUAUGAUCAAAUGUAAUGAUUUCUUUACGAAGAAUGGUUAUAAAUGUCCACUUGGUUAUAAUAUUGCUGACUACUUGAUUGAUAUCACUGUUGAUCACAACAAAAUUGUCAAAGUGACCAAUGCCGAUUCGGAAGUUGUUGCGGCUUCGUCUACUGACUUGCACGAUGCUGAUAUUCAUGCGGCCUUCUUAUCCAACAGAACAGCAAGCCAGGAAGACACCACUAGAGAAUGGGAGCAUCUUGCUGUUCAUCGUGAUGAAUACAACACUGAUAUUAUUGGACAUCGUACCUCCAAGGCAGGAGAAGAAGAGACCAUAAUCCGCUUACGUAACAAGCUACCAACAUUAUUUGUGGAAUCUCCUUUAGCUAUUGAUAUCAAGCAAGAAAUAACAUGUGGUAAAGAAAAUCCAGUACCAGUGGAACGUAAUAGUCACGAUAUCAAAAAGGCUACAUUCUUUACUCAGAUUGUCAUUCUUUCAUCCAGAACAUUUAAAAACUUGUAUAGAAAUCCAAGACUUUUAUUGGCACACUACGUGUUGUCGUUGGUUGUUGGUUUGUUCUGUGGUUACUUAUACUACGAUGUUACAAACGAUAUCAGUGGGUUCCAAAACAGAUUAGGGUUGUUUUUCUUCUUGUUGGCAUUCUUUGGAUUUUCGGCAUUGACUGGGUUACACUCAUUUGCGAGUGAACGAAUUAUAUUCAUAAGAGAAAGAGCCAAUAAUUAUUACAAUCCAUUGAGUUACUACGUGAGUAAAGUUUUCUGUGAUAUUGUUCCAUUGAGAGUGUUGCCACCAGUUAUCUUGAUCAGUAUUGCAUAUCCGUUGGUUGGAUUAACUAUGGAACAUAAUGCAUUUGUCAAAACUAUACUUGUAUUGGUGUUGUUUAACGUUGCUGUUUCACUUGAAAUGUUGAUUGUUGGAAUAUUAAUUAAAGAACCUGGUACAUCUACCAUGAUUGGUGUGUUAUUAUUGUUGAUGUCGUUGUUAUUUGCUGGAUUGUUUAUCAAUAGUGAAGAUUUAAAUGCUGAAAUCAAAUGGUUAGAAUGGAUUUCAGUUUUCCAUUACGCCUAUGAAUCGUUAUCUAUCAAUGAAGUCAAGGACUUGAUUUUAAGAGAGAAGAAAUACGGUUUAUCCAUUGAAGUACCAGGUGCAGUUAUUUUAAGUACUUUUGGGUUUGAUGUUGGUGCAUUCUGGAAAGAUAUCUCAUUCUUGGGUGGUUUAUCAGUUGCGUUUUUAUUCUUGGGAUAUAUUUUCUUAUUUUAUUUUACAAUUGAAAGAAGAUAA